CUAUAACCUAAAUAAAAAAUUGUCGAACAAGUGUAAAGGAACAUGGAUAGAAUUAUUAAUAUUGUAUUUGACGAUUAUGAAUAUGAAUAUCUCCGAAAAAAUGAACGAAGACCACGAUUGAUUAGACCACGUAUAAAUUACUUGGAAAUUUUUGACGAAAUAGAUUUCAAAAAAAGAUUAUAAUAUCGAGACAUAGUUUUAUGAUGUUAUUGGAAAGAAUUCAAGAUAGAAUACAACAUAACACUAAUCGUAAUAAUGCCAUUCCACCUGCAAUCUAAUUAAUAGUUGCUAUAAGAUUUAUGCAACCGGAUCGUUUUUGGAAACAAUUGGAGAUUUUUGUGGGAUUAGCGAAGUAAGUGCACAUAGCAUAAUUCAUCGAGUAUCUCCUGUUAUUGCUGCAUUAGGAGAUGAAUUCAUAAAACUUCCUGCAUCUCCAGAAGAAAUUCGUCUAAGCCAACAGGAAUUUUUUUCAAACGGCCAGAUUUAUUCGUGUUAUUAGUUGCAUGGAUUGUACUCAUAUCAGAGUUCAAUCAUAUGGUGGAGAAGACAGUGAAUUGUUUCGCAAUAGAAAAGGAUAUUUUUCGUUAAAUAUACAAGUUAUUAAUGCAAGGUUGGAAAUCAUUGACAUAGUAGCUCGUUGGCCAGGUUCUACACAUGAUUCAACUAUAUUUAACCAUUCAAGAAUUAAGAGUUUAUUUGAGGCAAAUAGAUUUGAUGAUGGUUUACUUCUCGGAGAUUCUGGGUAUCCGAAUUUACCAUACUUAAUGACACCAGUACAAAAUCUCACAACACCAGCAGAACAUCUCUACAAUGAAGCCCAAAUUCGAACACGCUCAAAAAUUGAAAGAUGUUUUGGGAUUUGGAAAAGACGAUUUCCAGUUUUAUCUAUUGGAUCGCGUUUUCAUCCUCCUCAAAAGUUGCUUCCUGUUAUCAUUGCAACAGCUAUAUUACAUAAAAUCGUCCAGCAAGAAAAUAACUUUGUUAAUCCCGAAAUUUGUGCAAUAUAUGAUAAUAUUAUUACACAGAAUGUAAAUUUGGAUAAUAGGAACAUCAUUGAUAAACGACAAUGUCUUAUUUUAGACUAUUUUGAAAGAUUAUGUUAAAACACAAAAAAUAUAUUUGAAUAUAUACAGUACGAACGUACCAUAAACAAUGAAAA